CGUAUUGCCUAUUAGCCCCCGCUGAGCCAAUCACAUGCGACCCAAGGAUUGGCGAGCCAAUGGGUGAUCAGUCAGGGUCAGGGCUCACGCCUGGAGCUCACAGUAGGAAAUGAAGGGCUUAUCUCCGCCUGUACUUGCCGACAUGUGCAUGUUACAAAGUUACACAACAGUUUAUAAGGUAAAUGUUCUCGCACUGACCGCAGGUUAUGCGUGGGGUGUCAGUGUCCGGCUGAACUACAGGGAGGAUGGCGAUCGAAAUGGAGCCAAUAAAGAAAGAUGCGAAGAGCAACCCUUCCGCCACUGCUAAUCUCUUCUCACAGAUAUUUUUCUGCUGGCUGAACCCUCUUUUCCGUAUCGGAUCCAAGAGAAGACUUGAAGAAGAUGACAUGUAUAAUGUGCUUCCAGAGGAUAGGUCCAAGAGACUCGGAGAGGAGCUGCAGAGCUAUUGGGACCAAGAAGUGGAAAAAGCAACCAAAGAACUCAGGACACCCAAACUCACCAAAGCCAUUAUCAGGUGCUACUGGAGAUCAUAUGCAGUACUGGGAGUGUUCACACUUACAGAGGAGGUGAUUAAAGUGAUUCAACCAGUGUUUUUAGGAAAACUCAUUCAGUAUUUUGAGAGAUAUGACCCUGAUAACAUGGCAGCGUUGUAUGAAGCUUAUGGAUAUGCAGCAGGCAUCUCUCUCUCCACUCUGGGUCUGGCUUUACUCCACCACCUCUACUUUUACCACGUCCAAAGAGCUGGAAUGAAAAUCCGCAUUGCAAUGUGUCACAUGAUCUACAAAAAGGCAUUGUGCCUUAGUGCCACAGCCAUGGGCCAAACAACCACGGGGCAGAUUGUUAACCUUUUGUCGAAUGAUGUCAACAAGUUCGAUGAGCUGACUAUUUUUCUGCACUUCCUGUGGGUGGGGCCUCUGCAAGCCGCAGCUGUGAUUGGUCUGCUAUGGCAAGAGAUCGGAGCAUCAUGUCUUGCGGGCAUGGCAGUUUUAAUCUUCCUUAUGCCACUUCAGACCAUGUUUGGGAAACUGUUUUCAAAGUACAGGAGUAAGACGGCAGCCUUCACUGACAGCAGGAUACGCACUAUGAAUGAGGUGGUGUCUGGUAUACGUAUAAUUAAGAUGUAUGCCUGGGAAAAGCCAUUCGCAGCGCUGGUUAAUGAUGUACGAAGAAAGGAGAUCUCAAAAAUCAUGAGCAGCUCUUACCUCCGAGGACUGAACAUGGCUUCGUUCUUUACGGCGAAUAAAAUCAUCCUGUUUGUGACGUUCACUGUGUACGUUCUGGUGGGCAACAAAAUCUCUGCCAGCCGUGUGUUUGUGACCGUGUCGCUGUACAGUGCCGUCCGCCUCACCGUUACUCUGUUCUUCCCUUCUGCUAUCGAGAAAGUGUCCGAGUCUGCCAUCAGCAUCCGAAGGAUCAAGAAGUUCCUCUUGCUCGAUGAGCUUGUGAAAUCUCACGUUCCUCUUACUCAGGAGGAUAGGAAAGAGGCGUCUGUGGAAAUAGAGGAUCUCAUAUGCUACUGGGACAAGUCUCUAGAUGCGCCAACAUUACAAAACUUAUCUUUAACUGUGAAGCCAGGUCAACUUCUAGCUGUUAUUGGUCCUGUGGGGGCUGGAAAGUCUUCUCUCCUCAGCACUGUUCUGGGGGAGCUUCCAGCAGAAAAGGGUGUGGUAAAGGUCAAAGGUGAGCUGACGUACGCCUCUCAGCAGCCUUGGGUUUUUCCAGGAACUAUUCGAAGCAACAUACUGUUCGGAAAGGAGCUGCAGCCCCAGCGAUAUGAGAGUGUUCUCAGAGCCUGUGCGCUCAAAAGGGACAUGGAGCUGCUUCCUGACCGGGAUUUGACUGUGAUCGGAGACAGAGGAGCAACUCUCAGUGGAGGACAGAAAGCUAGAGUCAACCUGGCCAGGGCUGUGUAUCAGGAUGCUGAUAUUUACCUGUUGGAUGAUCCAUUGAGUGCAGUGGAUGCAGAAGUGGGUAGACACCUGUUUGAACAGUGUAUUUGUGGUAUUCUGAAGGACAAGCCCAGGAUCUUGGUUACUCACCAGCUGCAGUACCUGAAGGCUGCAAAUCAGAUCCUGGUUUUGAAGGAGGGUCACAUGGUGGCACGUGGCACAUACUCAGAGCUGCAGCGAUCGGGAGUGGAUUUCACCUCUCUGCUGAAGAAGGACGAGGAAGAAGAGUGUGAAAAGGGAGAGGCUCCUCGCUCCCCCCGCAGCCGCACACUCUCCCAGAACUCCAUCCGUUCGCACUCUUCAUCUGUUCUGUCUGUUAAAGAUGAAUCCGAUCAGCUGCCGGCGGAGCCUGUGCAUACCAUUGCCGAGGAAACGCGCAUUGAGGGAACCAUCGGCCUUCACAUGUACUGGAAAUAUUUUCGAGCUGGAGCUAACGUCCUAAUACUGAUUUUGCUUGUGCUCCUCAAUUUGCUGGCACAGACUUUUUAUAUUCUUCAUGACUGGUGGCUUUCAUACUGGGCCACAGAGCAGGAGAAGCUGGACUUUUCUUCCUCUAACAUCAGUUCCACCAUUGGCAGAAAUGGCACUUUCGGCACUAACACGACUCAAGAGCUCAACCUGGAUUUCUAUCUUGGCAUCUAUGCAGGUUUAACAGGAGCCACCAUCAUCUUUGGCUUCAUGCGUGGUCUGAUUAUGUUUAACGUUCUGGUGAACUCAACGGAGACGUUACACAACCGCAUGUUCAACAGCAUCCUGAGAACCCCAGUCCACUUCUUUGACGUCAACCCCAUUGGAAGAAUCCUUAACCGGUUCUCCAAAGACAUCGGCCAACUUGAUUCCUUACUUCCAUGGACAUUUGUGGAUUUUAUCCAGGUGUUUCUGCAAAUCAUUGGAGUCAUUGCUGUGGCAUCUUCUGUUAUCCCGUGGAUUCUGAUUCCUGUGAUUCCUCUGUUGAUCGCCUUCCUGUUUCUACGUCGCUACUUCCUGCAGACAUCACGAGACGUCAAGCGCAUUGAAUCCACUACUCGAAGUCCUGUAUUCUCUCAUCUGUCUUCCUCACUGCAAGGCCUCUGCACCAUCCGUGCCUUUAAAGCUGAGGAAAGGUUUCAGCAAGCAUUUGAUGCCCAUCAGGAUCUGCACUCUGAGGCCUGGUUCCUGUUCUUGACCACUUCACGCUGGUUUGCGGUGCGCUUGGAUGGAAUGUGUUCGGUGUUUGUGACCAUCACAGCCUUUGGAUGCCUUCUUCUUAAAGACAGUAUGAAGGCAGGAGAUGUGGGACUGGCUUUGUCUUAUUCAGUCACCCUAAUGGGAAUGUUCCAGUGGGGCGUUAGACAGAGUGCAGAGGUGGAGAACAUGAUGACGUCAGUGGAGAGAGUUGUCGAAUACACCAAGCUAGAAAGCGAAGCACCUUGGGAAACCCAGAAACGCCCCCCUCCCGACUGGCCCAGUCGGGGCCUGGUAACCUUCGACAAGGUCAACUUCUCCUACAGCUCUGAUGGACCCGUCGUCCUCAAGAACAUCUCGGCUAUGUUCAGACCAAGAGAGAAGGUUGGGAUCGUUGGACGCACCGGUGCAGGGAAAAGCUCCCUGAUUUCAGCGCUGUUUCGUCUGGCGGAGCCAGAGGGUAAAAUCUUAGUGGAUGGAGUGUUGACCUCAGAGAUCGGCCUGCACGACCUCCGCCAGAAGAUGUCAAUAAUCCCGCAGGAUCCCAUGCUGUUCACAGGAACCAUGAGGAAGAACCUGGACCCCUUCAGCCAGCACUCAGACCAUGACUUAUGGAACGCUCUGAAAGAGGUCCAGCUGAAGGCUGCUGUGGAGGAUUUGCCUGCUAAACUGGAGACCGAACUGGCUGAGUCUGGCUCAAACUUCAGUGUGGGUCAGCGGCAGCUCGUCUGUCUAGCUCGGGCCAUUUUGAGGAAGAACCGGAUUCUCAUCAUUGAUGAGGCCACCGCAAACGUGGACCCUCGGACAGACGAGCUGAUCCAGAAAACCAUCCGUGACAAGUUCAAGGAGUGCACCGUCCUCACCAUCGCACACAGAAUCAACACCAUCAUAGACAGCGACCGCAUCCUGGUUCUGGAUGCAGGUCGAAUCCACGAGUACGACGCCCCUCACGUUCUCCUACAGAACCAGAACGGGAUCUUCUACAAGAUGGUGCAGCAGACGGGGAAAGCAGAGGCGGCCUCUCUGCUGCAGACCGCCAAACAGGCGUACAUGAACCGCAGUCCGGUCCACCAGCUCAACGGCUUCGCCACCACAGGAGAUGGCAGCUUGGUUAUCUUCGAGACUGCUUUAUAACGGCCCGUGAAGAGCCUGAUGUACACAGCGCACAGCUACGCCAAGCAUCCUCCUCCUCCGGAGGGCAACGGACACAAGCUCCGCCUCCUCGCCCCAAACACCAGGCUGAGCGGAGCCGGAGACGUGUGCAUGCACUCACACUGAACGCUGCAAUCACGCCAGCGUUCUGAUUCCUUCAGUAUGAUAGGCUAGAGAUUGUACACCACUGUAUGUUGUGAUUUUUAAUAUGUGCCUUAAUGUGUAUGUGUAGUACCAGGACUGCUAGGAGCCAAAGAGAUAGCUUGCCUUUGCUCUGGUGAAACACUAUGCUAUGAACUAGACUCAUUUAGUUCUCCUGGUGCCUUUAUACUACAUGAACCACAAUGACUGCUGAUUCUGACAGCAACAAUAAGAACUGUAAACAUUAAGAUAACACUGUACUGAGAGGGCUCUGUAAAGUAAUCAAAAAACAGCACCUAUUUAUGUUUAUUUAUUAUUAUUUGUGAUUCUGACACUCCAUCUGCCUUAAUCAAAAAACACUAACAAAACAAAUGCUGGGUAACAAUCAUUUCUGUAAUGCUGCAUUGUUUCUUGGGCAAAGAAAAGUUCUUGUGCAAUACAAACAACCCUGAACUUUUACUUAUGUGUUUGAUGUGCCCAUUAAAUGUAAUGCUGGCCCUGAUUUCCUUGAACUUUUUGAAAAAUGAUUUUAUUUUUAUAAUUUGUUUUGUGAGUCUGUGAGAAUGAAAGGGAUGUUGGGUGACUGCACACAGCAACACCGGCAGCUUUUCUAUGCUGCUCAUUUUCUUGGAUUUUUUUUUUUUUUAAUGUUUUGUCUUUUUUUUAUUGUUUCAUUUGUGUAUUAUGGAGAGGUAAAAGAAGAGAAAGUUUCAGUACCAGCCACAAAAGAUUUUUGUGAAAUGCAGUUUAGCCUAACAGAUUCAUUUAAAUUAAACAACUUCUUGGUUAUUUGUUUGAUAAUUAAGUUUUAAGUUAAUUAAGUUAAUGUUUGUUGUCAUAUCCCAUCUGGGUUUGUGUUCUGUUUGAAUUGACAACGUGGUUUCUGCUGGUUGGAAGAAUCAAAAGUCAGAAGUACAUGUUUGUAUUCUUUGCAUUUAUGUUAAAAUAUGUAUUUGCAAUUGUUCUGUCAUGUCAGAUUCUUGUAUUUGGAUUAAACCACUUGGUAUCACUCAAAA